GGCGGAGCGAGACGCCCCCCCCCGCCCUCCUGCAGGCCCGAGACCCUCCUCGAGAGGCCCAUUCCUUCGCCUCAAAGGAAACCUGUCCGCAGCCUUCCGAUCCCCCCGCAUCUCUUCCGUCGCCGCGGCACGAGGGGAGUGCCGAGGCGGGGAGUUAUGGGGCUGACCCGGGGAGUCCUCUGCAGGCGCUGCUGCUGGCAGCUGCGGGGGCUCCCCGCCCUCCCGAGAACCUCCUCCGCUUCAACCGCCCGGCGCGGAGGGGUCGGGCAACUCUUGGCUCCCUCUGGCCGCUGUCCGUUUCUGCUGCUGCCCUCCGCGCGCUUUUAUAGCAGCGGCCCCGGUGACUCCAGGUCGGAGGAGCGGGCGGUGUUCUUGGGGUUCCCCAACCCCUUGAGGUGGCUCCGCACUCGCCUCUACUUCUUCCUCAUCCGCACCUACUUUGACCGCGACUUCAGCAUUCAGGAGUUCAUGCAAGGGGCGAAGCACGCCUUUACUGUUGUUUCAAGGUUAAUUUCUCAGUGUAAAUACGAUGUAUUGGAAGAGCUUGUAUCAAAAGAGAUGAUUCAGGUGUUAAAAGAGAAGAUUUCUUCAUUGUCUGAAAACCACAGAAAAGCUCUGGCUGCGGAGAUGGAUGAAAUUAUGUUCACAGCAGCAGGAGAUGUGGGCAUUUACUAUGAUGACAGUGGCAGGAAGUUUGUUAGUAUCCUGAUGUCCUUCUGGUAUCUGAGCAGUGCUGAUAUCCCUGAUAAGACUCCAGAAGGAGCCAAAGUAUUCCAGAUUGCGCUUAGAGGUGAAAGCACACCAAAAAGAAGACAUCUUUUAUUAGCAAACUACGAGUUUCGAAGAGAAUUCACACAGGGUGUGAAGCCAGACUGGAUGAUUACUUGGAUUGAACACCCAAACCUAUUGGAAUAAGUUCACAGAAAAGAGACUGUCAUAUACUAGUAAUAUUUUGACAUAUCAACAGACAUCUCAAGAUUUGAAUGCCACAAUACACAGUGGACUAAUUCUGUGAGUUUUGCUUGAAUACCAUCUUGCUCUGAAUAAUAUAAAUAAUAUCUUUCCCAUCAGAGCUGAAAGCACAGUUUGGACCAAUGUAAUGGGGAACGUGUUAGGUUUGUAUGACAAACAUCUUGAUGUGCUCUGGAAGAAGAUAAUUCAUAGUUGGUAACUGAACAUUGCAUCCUUUUUCUUCAGCCAUCUUCAGACAGUGAAAUGGGUGGUCUCAAAAAAAUGAGAAAAAGAAAGAAGUGACGUUCCAAAUAUCAGACUUUUACCUGACUCCAUUGAUACACAGUACUUAACAGCCAAGGUCUUGAUUUAAUGAUCAAGUACACUAGAAUACUUAAAUUACUUUUCAGUGGACAUAUUAUCUGGAUAAUUCAGCAAUGAAAGUAAAGCUGUUUCAAUAGACCUCAUAUUUAUACCAGAAUCAAGUUUUGUACUGUUUUUACUUUGGUGCUUUUUUUCUGUAUAUUUGGUAAUGAAAGUAAAAAUUAUAAUAGCCAUGUGCAACUUUUAGCUGAGAUCCAAAAUAUGGUAUAGUGAUACGAUGUGGUGUUGGGGUGGGUAUGGUAUGGUAUAGUGGUGUGGAAUGGUAUGGUAUGGGGUAUGGUAUGGUACGGUAUGGUGAACUUAAUUUCAAUGUGAGGCAGAUUUGUGACACUGCCAGAGCUUAAAUGUAAGUCUUCAUAAUGUAAAAUAUAUAGGACUAAAUUGACAUCUAUUAAGUGGCUAAAAUCACCAAUCUGAGUAUUAUACAUUUAAAAUGAUUUAAAACUUGUUAGCAUAGAUGAUUUGAAUUGAUUAUCUGAGAUUGCAAAAUAUUUUGAGGUAUUUUAACUCUCCUGUUUGUGCAUUUUACUGGAAAAGCAGGACACUGAAGAAAAUGUACGUAGGAAUGUCUCAGUUAAUGAAAGAAUAGCAGAACAGCCAAUUGACCAUCCCGUUAGCCACUUCCACAGGGAUCACUGUACUUCUUGUAUAAACAUUAGGCAUAGUGCCUGGAUAUCAUGAGCUGCUUUCCAUGAGACAUACAUAUUGAUCCUCUUGGACAUUCAGAUCACACUAGAUGAUGUGCUGAAGUAGAUGUCAUCAUUUACUACCCUGUUCUGACAGAUAAGCCGCCAAUCUGAAUGCAUUCAUUUUGGAAGACAUACUAAUGCAGGGUAUCUGGGCUAUAUCACCAUAGGGUAUCUACAUUUACAGCCUUAAUGGUGCUAUUAAAAUGACUCUGGAUAGAAUACCUGAUUUGCAUGCAGAAGACCCCAAGUUUAUUAUCUGGCUUCUCAACUAAAGAAAAAAAAUAAUAGGAAAUAAGGGGAAAGAUCUCUGAAACCUUGAAGAGCUACUGUGAAUCAAAAUAGCAAUAAUGAGCAGCCUGGAUAAGUACUCUAGUACAGGGAUGUCAAACUGCCGGCCCAUGGGCCGAACACAUCUGCCCCGGUAGGUUGUGCGACGUCAACGAGUUUGACAUGUCUGCAGACAAGCAGACAACGAGUUUGACAUGUCUGCUCUAGUAUAAGAUAUAAUUAUUGAACCUCACCUGUAUUUUAGAAAUUGUCUUUAAGACACUGACUUCUUUCUCCUAUUUUUUGCUGCAUUAUUUUACUGUAUCUUUUACUUUUGAAAACUAUUGUAAUGCAGUUUCUGGUAGAAUGCAACAGAAAUAACAGACUUGUGGCACUUGAAAAGCAAACACAUCUAUGACUGCUCAUCUUUUCUGGAUCACAGCCCACUUUAUCAGAUGCCUGGAGUAUAAAAGUAUUUUAUCUCUGGUGUGUACAGUUAUGUGUACAAACACAUCAGAAGAGUUGUUGAAGGGUUAGAAAGAGAAUGCACAUGCAGAACGUGAGGCAAGCAGCAACUAUACUCCUUCAUGCCUACAAUUAUGCAUUUGGGGAUUGAUUGAUUCUUGCAUGAAAGUAAUAACUUGGAUUGAAUAUGCAUUCUCCAGUAGCUAUGUUCUUCUAUCAUAUGAAAGAAGUACAAGAGAAUGUCAAUUUUAAAAUGAAUUUUAACAAGCUAAAGAAUCGUGUUCAAUCUCAGCUUUCUGAUUUUUUUCUUCUUGACGUUCCCAUCGAUUGAUCCAUUUGAAUUAAUUUAAUUGGUAUUUUAAACAGUUCAGUAUAUGCAGUGAUACUUUUGAUUCUUUAUAUUGUAUAUAAUUAUUUGUUGUUGGGAACCAGUGCCUAAAGUUGUAGAUUGGAAAAUAUCAGGAAGAAAAAUACUAGCUGAAUUGGAUGAGGGUCGAAUGUAAAUGUCAGUGGCCGCACACACUGGAUCUGGUGAUCCUAUCGGAGCAGUGGCUAUAUGUUCUGAAAUUGGGGGAGUUUUUGGAAUCUCCCUUGUCAGGAUCAAAUCAACCCCUAGUGACCAUGGAGUUCUCUAGCACCACUGUCCACUGCAGGGAGGCUUUUGACCCAUUUGAUUCAUCCAUCCCUGGUGACUGAUGAGCCUGGAUGAGUUUCAGAAGGAGUUGGGGGCUGUUCCUGUUGGCCUGCUGCACAGUCCAUCUGAAGCCUUGGUCACUGCCUGGAAUGGGGUGCAGCUGAUCUUUAGAUCGGAUCACAUCCAUGCAAUGUCUCCCAUUCGCAGAGUUGAAGAAUUUGAAAAAGAGACAUCUAGAGCAGAGGCCCCCAACCUUUUGGGCACCAGGGACCAAUUAUGUGGAGAGAGAUUUUUCCAUGGACCGGAGAGGGCGUGGUUUUGUGUGCUGCCUGCAUCCCGCGGAUGGGGCUUCACUUGUUUGCAUGGCCCGGUUGCUGGCAUGCCGCAGCCCAGUGCCAGUGCAGGGACUGGGAGUUGGAGACCCCUGAUCUAGAUGCUCACAAAAGGUGAACUUAACCAAAUAUGGUUUAGAGCCAUUAUCAAGGCCUACCUUGUGGCAGUAAGAGUGGCAAAACAUCUACUUUGCCACCCUAUCUGUGGAAAGUUGGCUCUGUUUCAGGUGACAUGUGCCUUCUUAUAUAUAGGGUGGUUGGAGAAUGACCUGCAAGGCUGUGCAAAGGAAUUUUUUUCAGCAUCUAUUGAAGAAAGUCACUUGAAUUUGCUUGGGGUUCGAUGCCAGCGUUGUUGCAGGUUUGGAGGAGAGGCCUAGGGAGAAAUCUUGCCUAAUUAUCUGGAAAUGCUUUAAACCUCUUGGAUCUGAGGAAGUGCACAGGGUGUCUGGGAUUGUGAAUUCAGCCACCUGCUCCUUAGAUCGGUGUCUCUCCUGGCUUGUUAGGAAAGCUUGGGGAGGGCGAGCAUCGUGUGAGUGGAUUCUUGUGGUGAAUUCUUGCUGGAGUGAGAGGUUCCUAUUCUAAAAGAGGCCUUGGUUUACCCCCUCUUUAAGAAGCCAUUGCUGGACUCCAGAAUACUGGAUAACUUUUACCCAGGAUAACUUCCAUGUUCUGAUGAAAGUGGUUGAGAAGUUGGUUGAGAACUUCCAAACUCGAUGAAGUGGAUUAUCAGGAUUCUUUUUGGUCAGAAUUCAGACCUGAGUAUGGGUUGAAAAUGGCUUUUGGGUGAGCAGGAUUGAGCAUGAGCAGCCCUGUUGUACUGGUUUGCCUGUUUCAAGGUCGAUUCCAACUGGUGAUUAUUGGGAAAGAGAGAUCCCACCCUCAGCCCCUAUUAUUGUAUGUUGGGUGCCGCAUGGUUAGGCCCGGUCUCCGUUCCUGUUCAAUACCUAUAUGAGGCUGCUGGGCAAUCUCAUCCAUUCCCAUAGAAUGAGGUAUCUUCAGCAUACUGAUCAUAUAUAUUUAUCAAUUCUAUAUCUCUUUCCUUAAUGACUUAAGCGAUGCUGUGAAUGUUUGCCCUGAUGUCUGGAAGCUGUAAGGCUCUGAAUGGGAACAACAGGUUUCAAUUGAGCCCUGGAAAUGACUGAAUAGCAGGUUUUGUGGUCUGCCGAUUCCAGAACUGGGUGACUUUGGGCCAGUCAUUCUCUCAGCCCCACCAUCUCAUAGGACUGCUAUUGUGAGAAAAAUAGAAGGAAAGAGUAGUAUGUAUGUCCCAAAGAUGCUUUUUGACAACCAUGACCCGGAUGGCUUUUUGACAACCAUGACCCGGAUGACUGAGAAUCUUCAUAGCGUUCUCCGCCUUGAGUUACUUAUAAAGUAAUAAAGACGGGAUAAAAGUCUAAUGAAUAAAAUACUAUCUUUGGUGCUGGAUUGGCUUUCAUUGCUCCAAACAGACCCAAUGAGCAAUCUAAGGGGCCUCCUGAUCUCAUGACUCCUGCUCAAUGAGCAGUGGUGGUCAUGGGUAAGGGAGGGCUUUGCACAGUUCAAUGUUAGGUGUCAGCUGCACCUAUUCCUGGAUCAGAGGGCUCUCCUCACAGUCACUCAUGCCCCAGUUACCUCCUGAUUGGAUUACUAUAAUGUGGGGAUGUCGUUGAAAAAUAUCUGGAAGCUUCAGCAGAUGCAAAAUGCAACAGGAUGGUGCUUCUAGAACAGCUCAUGUAAGAUGUCUGCUCCGCGAGCUGCAUUCGUUGCCAAUCUGUUUCCGGGUCCAAUUCAAGAUGCUGUUUUUGACCUUUAAAGCCUUUCAUGACAUAGGGGCUGGGUUAUCUGAGGGAUCGCCUUUCCCUAAUUACACCACCUCAUCCCAUCAGAUCCAGCAGAAGAGCCACGCCGCAGGUCCCGUCUAUUAGAGAAUUAUAUUUGGCAGAUCCCAGGAGGUGGGCCUUCUGAUUGGUACCUACCUUAUAGAAUAUUCUCCUCUUCCCCCUCCCUCCCAAAAUGAGAUCAGCUCCAUCCUUACUUACUUUCCAGUGGUCUUUAAAGACCUAGCUUUGUCAUCAAAGCUGGGGGACUAGGGACUACUGAGAUCUUUUGGUGGUUCCCUUGCUAGUCUAACUUCAUUUGUGCCAUAUGCUUUUAAAACAUUUUUAAUAAUGAUUAUUUUAACAUGUUUAAUUAUUUUAGAUCUUUGUUGCAAGCUUCCCAGAGAUGCUUCUUGUGAGAUGGGUGACUAUAUAAUUUUGAUAAAUAAAUACCCUGAAAGAAUUGGCUAGCAUGAACCUACCUCGUGGUCGAAUUUGCUUGCAACUUGAAGAAAAGUUCAUUUCUCCUGAAAUCCUGUACACAUUGUUGGGAGAAAUUGACUAGGAUGCUUUAAGUAAAAGCAGUUGAAAUUAUCUCUUCCUUGGGAACUCCAUUUUGUGGUGACAAAUAUUAGGAAUGCCCUAGUUGAUCAUGGGAAGGAAUUGCUAUUCUUUAGGCAGAAUGGGGGGGGGGGUUGGAAUUAGAUAAACACAUAUGUCUGAGAACCGCUUAGUAGCUUUUUCUUGCAUUUCUCAUCUGUGUACAUUAGGUGGGAGUAUUUUAUCACAGCCAAAACAUUCUGUUGCUCUCAGUCAAGGCUUAUAUCUAUAGAUAGGUAUAAUGUCAGUAAGUACCUAUAAUGACUUCUUCCCUGUUGUAGACAGGGAAUAUUUCUCUGGUUUGAAACCAGCAUAAUGCUUGGAAUAAGGAUUUUUUUUUAACUAUUCAUUGGUUUGUUAAAAUAUGAUUUUGUCUGCAGCAUGCCUAAUACAAUCAUAUUAUAAUAAGCCAACAUUUGAGCUAAUUCAAGUUAAAAGGUUGUUGCUACUCUAACUUUACAAAUUAAGUUCUCUCUUUUUUUAGUUUGCCAUUAUAUAUUUCACUUAAAUUUUGUGGGAAGGGUUAAUGAAAUUCUAACAAUUGAUGGAUUUUCUUACAAUUGAUGAAUUGCUUAGUUAAUCUUCCCUUGAAAAAAUGUCUCCAAGCUAAAAACUGGUUGCUCAGCCCUGAGCUAGAUCAUUCACUGCACCCAAUUGAAUGUUAUACAGUACUUAGUGUUUCUCACAGUUGUAGUAAAGCCAUAUAAGAUGUAGAUCCUUCAUCAUUAAGUACAGUUACAAACUGAACUUUUUAAUGCAUUAAAAUCAAAACUAGCAAAAGAUCAAGAUUAGAAAGCAUUGCACAGUUCAGAAAUCCAUACAUGUGAGUUUGCAACUUUUCAAUAAUUACAUAGAUUUUGAAGCUGCUGUCUCUUUUAAAAAAAUUUUUAUUAAAUAAAAAAAGAAAAAGUUUAAAAACAUUGAACAUGGUAAAUCAGACUUGACCAACAUCUCAGUUCAUUCCUAUUCAUAAUUAAUUAAAUUCUAUACAAAAACAUCACUCUAAACUCAAUCUUAACUUAUCCCAUCACAGUGACCUCCAAAUUUUUUCCCCCACCAUUUAUAAAAUUUAUUCCAUAUUUGGUAAAAAUCCAUAACAUCCUGAUUUUUGAGUCUUUUAGUUAACUUAUCUAAUUCUGCGCAAUGCAUAAUUUUACAAAUUAAAAUUUCCUCACUAGGUACAGCUGUAUUUUUCCAAUUCUGAGCGAAUACUAUUUUGCCGCUGUAACCACGUGAAUAAAUAAAUACAUAUCCUCUUUACUAACAUUUUCUUCAACAAUUCCUAACAAAAAUGUCUCAGGCUUAUAUUGAAUAUUUUGUAUGCUCAUUUCUGUUACCCAUUUCCAAACCAUACGUCAAUACCCCUGUGUUUCCUUACAUGACCACCACACAUGAAAAAAAGUGCCCCUUUCUUUUUUACAUUUCCAACAUAAGGCUGAGUAUCCUUUAUACAUUUUGGCUAGUCUUGCUGGAGGGAGAUGCCAUCUAUAAAUCAUCUUAUACGAAUUUUCUUUAUAGGAUGACGCCAAUGUAAUUUUAUUGUUUCGCAUCCAUACCUGUUGCCACUGAUCCAAAUUAAUAUGUCCUAAAUCCGUCGCCCAUGUCACCAUUGUUUCUUUAACUUGUUCUUCAAAUAACUUAUGUUCCAAUAAAUGUUUAUAAAUAUUCUUUAUUUGUUUUUUCUUCGGACCAAGCAAAAUUUUAUCUAGUCCCGUAUCUUGUCUAUAAAUACCCCAAUCAUGUUUAUCUUUCGAAUAUCUUGCUUGGAUCUGGAGAUAAGACCACCACUCUAUCUCUAUUCCUUGUUGUCUUAACUCUUGUCUAGAUUUUAAAAGACCCUCUUCCGUCAAAAUAUCUUUGUAUCUAAUAACCUUAUCUUUCCUAAGCAAGUUGGGGUGUAUAACUGCCUCCGAUGGAGAAAACCAAAUCGGGAUCUUUGCAUAGUAUUGUGAUUUAACUGUAUUCCAACUUUUAAUUAACCCUUGCCGCACUUUUGUGCUUUAAAAAAUAUUGAUAGUUUCUGCUUUGCUCCUUCCACAUAUGAGCAUGCCAUCCCUGUUGAAGAUCAAAACCCUCUAGCUGUAUACAUCUAUGAUUCUCUAAAGUUAUCCAAUCGCUAGUCCAAGAUAAGGCCGCAGCUAGGUAAUAUAAUUCCCAGUCAGGGAAGCCUAGACCUCCCCUUUCCUUAGCAUCUUGUAGUGCCUUCAAUUUUAUUCUAGCCUUCUGACCAGACCAUACAAAUUCUAAAGUUAUUUUAGUUAACUCUUUAAAAAAUUUCUUAUCCAAAUAAAUUGAAAUAUUCUGGAACAAAAAUAUCAGUUUAGGUAGAAUAUUCAUUUUUAUAGCAGCAAUUCUCCCCAGUAAUGAAAGAUGUAAAUUUCUCCAAUGCUCUAAAUCAACUUUAAUUUUUUGUAUUAAUUUAACAUAAUUAUCUUCUUUGACUGAAGAGCAACGUGCAGAAAUAACUAUCCCUAAAUAUUUAAAUUUAGAAACUUUGUAUAACUAAUUUAUUCUCGAGAGAUCCUUUUUGUAUAUUAGUCAUAUUUUUAGUAAUAAUCUUUGUUUUAUUUUUAUUUAUUUUUAAACCUGCAUAUUCUCCAUAAACUUCCAAAAUUUCAAAUAAUUUCUGCCCGGAAUAUUCUGGGUCUGCCAUAAUAAAUACUAUAUCAUCUGCAUAAACCUGAAGUUUAUAUGUUUCUCUCUUAAUCUUAAAUCCUCUAAUCUGUUCUUCUUGCCUUACCGCUCUAGCAAGAAUUUCUAGAGUAUAAAUAAACAGCAAUGGCGAGAGGGGACAUCCCUGUCUAGUACCUUACUGUAUAUUAAAUCUAUCAGUGGCCACCCCGUUCACUAUAAUCUGCGCGUGUUGUUCGAAAUAUAUUGCAUUUAUUACAUUUAAAAAAUUCCCUCUGGCUUCCAUUAUUUUUAAUUGUUGUAUCAUAAAUUGCCAAUUAACGUUAUUAAAAGCCUUCUGUGCAUCAAGGAACAGUAGUGCCACUUGCCGAUCGUUGUGAAAUUCAUAAAAUUCAAAGAUAUCUAAGAUUGUUCUCAUAUUCUGUUUAAUUUGCCUGUUUGGUAAAAAGCCGUUUUGAUCUGGGUGUAUAAAAUCAAUUAGAUACUUUUUGAAUCUCUCCGCCAUUAUUGAAGCAAAAAUUUUAUAAUCCAAAUUCAAUAAAGAUAUGGGUCUAUAA